AUUCACUGAACAGUGAAAACCCAAAUCACGAAUCCCUUCUCCCUCGCAAUGCCGUGCGCAAAAAAUUUCAUGAAUCCUCAUCUUCUUCGCUUUUCAAAUUUGCUCAUGUUUACUUCCUUCUCCGUGGCCCCUUAUUUCAUCUGCUUCUCAAUUUUGCCAUAGUGUCUUGUAUGAAGCUUCGUUGCAGCGUUUUUGGGUCUCCACGACUGUCUCUUCCGGUGAGCAAAUGCUACUUUGGUCCUCUUCUUCUGCAAGUAUUCUUCUUUGUUCAAUUCUUUGUUGGUGUGUUUAUUUUUAACUGCUUCCUAUCUUGUGCAGAAGAUUGCAAGCCAAAGCUAGGUAUGGUUUUUGAUAGCAGAGAGGAUGCUUGGAUGUUUUGGCUAAAUUAUGGCAAAAAAGUUGGAUUUGGAGUGAGGAGGGAAUAUUGUCACACCAAAAAAGAUGGCUCAGUUUCUUCUUGUCGGUUUGUUUGUUGCAAAGAAGACGUGCGAAAGGUGGACAAACAAUAUUAUAAGAUAGUCAAUCCAAGACCGGAGACAAGAACAAACUGUCAAGUGAGGUUGGGACUUAAGCAAAAGGAUGGAAAACUAGUAGUGCAUGACUUUCUUGAGGAGCACAACCACAUAUUACAUUUGCAAGAAACGUCUCAUAUGCUGCCAUCUCAAAGAAAAGUUUUAGAAGUUCAAAGCCACCAAAUUGAGUUAGCUGAUGAUGCUGGUCUGCAACAAAAGAAGUCGUUUGAGUUGAUGAGUAAACAAGUGGGAGGGAGAUCAAACCUGGGAUACACUCGCCUUGAUCAAAAGAACUAUCUCCGAAAAAAGAAGGCAAAGAAGUUUGUUACAUGGGGAAGCUGGUUAUAUAUUGCAAUACUUUCAGAGAAAGUUAGUUGAAAAUUCACCUUUCUACCAUGCUUAUCAACUAGAUGAUGAAGAUCAAAUCACCAAUGUGUUUUGGGUAGAUGCAAGGAUGCUAAUUGAUUAUGGCUAUUUUGGUGAUAUGGUUUCACUUGAUUCGACAUAUUGCACCAAUAGUUCGAAUAGACCACUUGCUGUAUUUUCUGGUUUUAAUCACCAUCGGAAAGCAGUGAUCUUUGGGGCUGCAUUGUUAUAUGAUGAAACAACAGAAUCUUACAAGUGGCUCUUUGAGUCAUUUUUAGAGGCACAUAAGCAUGAGAGCAUUACAAAAUCAAAGUGGAUUUUAAAAAAGUGAUUAGUUAUAGAAUGUUAAUCUUAUGAUA